AUGGUCUUCCACCUCAUACCAGCCCUCGCAGUUGCAGGCGUCAAGUAUGUGAUCAAGGAAGCAACUGAUGCCCCGACCUGUGGUAAAUGCGGUAGGGAGAAGAUGAAGAUGUGGGCGGGUUUCCGUAUCAUCUUCCUUUGUGAGGAUUGCGAAAACGGGAUGGAAGUCAAGCUGGGCUUGAAAGCUGUUCAGAUCGCGACUUUUGGUUUUUAUAUGGGAGUGCUUGGACAAGCGAUUGGCGAUGUGUAUGAUCAAGCAUUGGCGGAUGAUGAUGAAUGA